AUGGCAGCGUCAUUUAUGACCUGGUUGAUCACUGGCGCCUCAUCGGGCUUGGGUAAAUCGCUUGCACUAGCAGCCCUCAAAGCAGGCCAUAAAGUUGUCGCAACUACCCGUGACGUUGGCAGAGCUGAAAAGUCCUGCCCUGAUUUCUCGACACAGGGUGGCAUCUGGGUUGAGCUAGACCCUGCUCAGGAAGAUGCCUAUUAUCUAUUCACCAAAUUUGCGCAAGAGCAUUAUGUUGACGUCCUGGUCAACAACGCUGGAUAUGCAUUUAUUGGCGGUGUCGAGGAUACUAGUCUCUCGGACGAUGCUCACAUGUGCGCAGUGAGACCGACGUCAGAAAUCAGAUGGAAGUCAACUUUUAUGGCCCUCUGCGAGCUAUCCGAGCCUGCCUGCCGGUUUUGCGGGCCAGAGGCUCUGGCCACGUCAUCCUUGUUAGCAGUGGCGCAGGGAAGAGGGACUUACUCCGCCAGUAAAUUUGCCAUAGAGGCUAUGCACGAAUCGCUUUCCUACGAGGUCAAAGAACUUGGUAUCAAAGUCCUCAUAGUCGAGCCUGGAGCAUUUCGUACACCCUUUGCGAGCCGAGUGCUCACUCCUACUCAGUUUGAGCAUGGCUUCAGCGAGGGCUAUAAGGACACUGUGCUCCAGCAGAUGAUGACUGCACAUCGAAGUAUAAAGUCAAUCCCGGACCAAUUCAAGGGCGACCCAGAUAAAGCGGCGCGGGCAAUUCUGAGCGCGAUCGCCUCGGGUUACGAGUAUCUUCGCUUGCCGCUGGGAACAGACUGUGUAGCUGCCUUGGAGGAUAAAAUUGGGCAGCUGCAGAGGGAUUUGGCCGCAACUAGAGCGAUCGCCACAGCUACCGACGUCGAUUGA